GACCAACGUUCAGUUUUGCAGUUUAUUGCCGUUGUCGGAACGUUCCGGAGGUCGGCAGCACCUUCGCCAAAAACGACUCGUAGUGCGAGAGUUUUGUAUUAAUAUUGUGAUGAUUUUUGUUUCUUAGUGGCAAAAAAAUAAAAUUAUUUUAAACCAGCAAAUUUUAUUAGAAAUUUUAUUUUAAGAAUGUAAUGAAUUCAUCAAAAUUUAAGAGUUUUAACAAAAAUGCGGGAAUUAACAAUUAUUCUUUUCUUAUUUUUAACACAACCAAUGAUGAUUCUUUUGGGAUUUGUUAACGUGGCCACAUCCAGCGGGAGUAUAAAAUGGGUCAGGAUACAUGUACCGCAAUAUCGGGUGCCCGGCGAGAUGGCCCAGUUGGAGUGCGAUUACGACCUGGGAAAUGACAGUUUGUACGCUGUAAAAUGGUAUAAAGAUCACGAGGAAUUUUACAGGUACGUCCCAAGGGCAAAACCUGAGUUCACCAGUUAUCCAGUUGAAGGAGUUUACGUGGAUAUUAGUUUAUCAACAAGAAAUAGGGUGGUAUUAAGGUCGGUAAAUUUAAAGACGAGCGGCAUGUUCCGUUGCGAAGUUUCGGCGGAGGCGCCGUCCUUUUCAUCGGCCCAAAGCGAAGCGCUGAUGGAAGUCGUUUCUCUUCCUGAAGAAGAUCCGAUAAUAACUGGAAUGGAACUAAAUUAUCCAUUGGGGGAAGAGAUCGAUUUAAAUUGCACUUCCGGUAAGAGUCAUCCAGCAUCAGAGAUUCAUUGGUACGUCAAUGACAUAGAGGUCGCAUCUCCGGAUAACCUGAUCCAGUAUCCGCCGUUUGUUCACGCUCAUGGACUCGUCUCGACCAUCGUGGGUCUCAGGUUUGUUUUGCACGGAUCACACUUCGUUGCCGGUGCCAUGAGAGUCAAGUGCGUGGCUUCCGUGUCACCAGUUUUAUGGAAAGGUGAUAUGGAAAGUGUCGUCCAUAGUUUACCACUGAAAGGAAUCAGAGAAGCUCUUGUAUUAGUAAAAGGUAGUGCUCAAAUUCAAAGACAAUCAAUGUUAUUUAUUUUAACAACAUAUUCUGUCCUAAAAUUUUUAUCGUGAAUAAAAGAAUAAAAAUAAAUGGAAAAGAAAAUGUGAAGACUCAACAUCAACGUACAUUGUAUAUAAAUUAUAUAGUUAUUAGCGGCGAUAAAAAAUAUUAUAUUUUGUAACAUGUUGUGUAAAGUUUAUUAUUACACACGGUAUAGUGCGGAAGUCAGUGUGUUAUUGGCGUGUACAAAAAUUUUAUGCUUUUACGCUUGUUAUAUUCUACGACGAAAUUUUCUUUAAAAAGGCGAGUAAUUGUAAAUGCUUAUGUUGUAUCGAUUUUCAAUAUAAAUAUUUUGUUACAAC